CGGUUAAUAUAACCCGAUCGCUGAAAGACUUCGGUGAACGUUAACCGAAGUGUUUCUGUAUAUAAAUACUCUGCUGUCACUUCUUAUUAUUCACAAAACGAGAAUUUAAAAAGGUUACGGAAAGAAGAUCGAUUUUUGACGCAUUUGAGGCUUGAAAUCAAGAUUGAAGCAUCAUCUAAUGGAUUCAAGACGCACCAAAGCACAAAACUCAGUUACGGAAGGCGAAAUUAACGAAGUUGUCGAAGUUAGGCGACCUGUUGUGCUUGGCCUUUUUGCAACGGCCAUUGUUCCAUCUGGUCAACCAAGAAGUCCUCCUAAUGUGCCGCAGCCGAUAGAAAUUGACACGUCGUCUCAUUUUGCGACUGAUAGGGAAGAGAACGACAGAGAUGAGUUGAUCAAAUGGGCUCGAAGCGUGUCGCAAAGUUUAAGGUUCGCAAUUAUAGUUAGGCGAUCCGAUUCGGGCGAGAAGAGAAAGGCUCAAUUGGUGUUAGAGUGUGAACGUAGUGGGAAGUAUGUUCCAGCCAAGAAGAAGUUGAAAUCCGAUACCUCCGGAACAAGAAAAUGCGAAUGUCCUUUCCGACUCCGUGGGUAUUACAACAAGGCAACAAAACUAUGGCGUUUGACUGUUGUCAACGGUAUGCAUAACCACGAGUUGGACAAAGGGCUUGAAGGGCAUCUCGUGGCGGGGCGUUUGAAACCGCAAGAGAAGGAAUUUAUGGACGAGAUGACAAGGAAUGCGGUCGCUCCAAAAAACAUAUUGUCCACAUUAAAGGAGAGAGAUCCGGAAAACAAGACCUAUGCAAAGCAAGUGUACAACGCUCGUCAUAGGUACAGAGUUAAAAUGAGGGCGUCCAUGACUGAGAUGCAACACUUAUGUAAGAAGCUUGAUGAUAACAAGUACUACUACAAGUAUCGGACGGUUGUUGAAGAUGGAGUAGAACAUCUUCAAGAUAUAUUCUUUGCACAUCCGAGGUCCAUAACUUUAUUGAACUCUUUUCAUACUGUGCUGAUGAUGGACUCCACAUACAAAACCAGCAAGUACAAAAUGCCGCUGUUUGAGAUAGUCGGAUUCACUUCGACCGAGAAAAAAUUCAACGUUGCUUUUGCCUGGCUCAGUAACGAAAAGGAAGACAACUUUAUAUGGGCUCUGCAACAACUACGUUGUUUGUUAAGGCGUGAGACAAAUUUGCCGAAGGUUAUCUUGACGGAUCGAGAUUUAGCUUUGAUGAAUGCUAUUCCGGCUGUGUUUCCAGAAGCGGCGGCGUUGGUUUGUCGGUUCCAUGUUAAGAAGAAUGUGAGGACCAAGGCAGCCGAGCUGGUCAAGGUGAGGGAUGGGGAAAAGGUCAAGGCGGCGGACAUGAGGGAAAGAGUCUGUUUGGCGUUCGAGGAUGUGUUAGAUUCGUCUACUGAGAAUAUUAUCAUGAUCUUUAACCUUUUUUCGAAAACGACUUCACAAGAAUAUUACAUCCUUCUUGCAUCUUGUUAUUGA